AUGAGCGAUAACGAUGACUUUAUGAUGGAUGACGGAGACGACGAGGACUACGGCUUCGACUACGAGGACGAUGACGGUGCAGACGAGGCAGGUGCAGACGUCGAGAACACGUACUACACCGCCAAAUCCCUCAAGACGGAGAAGCCUCAGGAAGCAAUAGCAGCCUUUGAAGCACUGGUCAAGCAAGAAGCAGACGACGCUGGACCCGGCGAGUGGGGGUUCAAGGCGCUCAAGCAGCUCACCAAGCUCACAUUCCGUCAGAAGCGCUUCGACGUCGCUCUUGCAUACUAUACCCAGCUGCUCACCUACAUCAAAUCGGCCGUCACGCGAAAUGUGGCCGAGAAAGCGAUUAACGGCAUACUCGACUACGUCUCUGCCUCGCCAGACAUCGAUCUUGCCACCAUGCAGCAGUUCUACGAAGCCACCCUCGUCUCGCUCGCCGAGUCAAAGAAUGAGCGCCUGCGGACAAAGACCAACGUCAAGCUUGCGAAACUCUGGCUCGAUCGCAAGGAGUACGCUCAGCUCACAAAGAGCGUACGCGAAUUGCAUGCGUCCGUCGCACCGUCGCCUGAUGAAAAUGACUCCGAAGCCAUCGAUAACACGCGCGGUACACUCCUGCUGGAGAUCUAUGCGCUCGAGAUUCAGAUGCAUACCGAGAUGAAAAACAACCAGAAGCUGAGACAAAUCUACGAAGCGACAACGCAGGUGCGCUCUGCUAUCCCGCAUCCACGUAUCAGCGGCGUCAUCAAGGAGUGCGGCGGCAAGAUGUUCAUGUACGAAAAGGCGUGGGCCAAGGCGCAAGUAGCCUUUUUCGACUCGUUCAGGAAUUACGACGAGGCUGGCUCGCCACAGCGGAUCGUCGUACUCAAGUACCUCGUCCUAGCUCACAUGCUCAUGGGCAGCAAGAUCAACCCAUUUGACUCACAAGAGACGAAACCCUAUGCGAGCCAUACGGAGAUCCUGCCGAUGACCAAUCUCGUGCGAGCAUACCAGGAAAACAACGUGCACGAAGCAGAGAAGGUUCUCCGGGAGAACCGCAAGAAUAUUAUGGACGAUCCCUUCAUCGCUUCUCAUCUGGCCGACGUCCUUCGCUCGCUCCGUACACAAUGGAUCGUGGACGUCAUCCGGUCGUACAGUGCCAUCACGAUUCCUUCCUUUGCCAAACAGCUCGGCAUUGCCGAUGUCGACAUGGAGAGCAUCCUCACCACGCUCAUCAUGGACGGCAAGAUCAAUGGCAAGAUCGAUCAGGUCACUCAGCGUCUCACGCUUGACAAGAGGGCUGCCGUCGAUGCUCGCCGAUAUGGAGCGCUGCAUAGCUGGUCGAGCGAGCUAGACAGUCUGCAUCAAAAGUCGAUGGCCAAGUCACUCAAAUGCGGCCCGAUUGGUAUGCAGGGCAAUAUGACGCCUUAUGACAUGGGUAUGGAUAUCUGACUCGACGUGGAGCCGGUCUGUGGGGUGUUUCUGUUGUACCA